UGCAUAAAGAGGAAGAGGAUGUUUUCAGUGAGCGUCAAACUGCUGCUGGUCUCAGUGGAUCCAGCUGCAGGAUGGAGGGAACAUCUGUCCACAGGCUGCUGGCUCUGAUCUCUCUGCUGAGCCGCUCAACCAACCAAGCUGCUCUGACUGUGAGUCCCAGCAGAUCUCAGUUCUUCAGAGGAGAAUCAGUGACUCUGAUCUGUGAGGAUGGAAACGUCUCUGAUGGAGGAACUGUGAGGAGAAACACAACCAGAGGAACCAGGACUGAGUGUGGAGAUGGAUGGGGGAAACCAGCUGGUUCUACCUGUGAAAUUAUCUUGUUCACUUCUGACUCUGGUGUGUACUGGUGUGAGUCCACAUCUGGAUCCUCCCCCAGCAGCAGCAGCAGCAUCCAGCUCUCUGUCUCUGGUGGAUCAGUGAUCCUGCAGAGUCCUGUCCUCCCUGUGAUGGAGGGAGAUGACGUCACUCUGAGCUGCAGAGCAAAGAGUCCAGCCCACAACCUCCCAGCUGCUUUCUUUAAAGAUGGCUCCUUCAUUGGUGAUGGACCAUCAGGUCACAUGACCCUCCUCCAUGUCUCCAGCUCUGAUGAAGGCCUCUACCAGUGCAGCAUCAGCGGUCAGGAUGGAGAGUCUCCAUCCAGCUGGAUCUCUGUCUCAAAGAAACGGACUGCCAGAGCUCUGCCCACUACUGGACCGCUUACCACGUUUGACUGGAGUUUUGAAGCUCUGCCCACUACUGGACCGCCUACCACGUUUGACUGGAGUUUUGAUGCUCCGCCC